AUGCAGGCAUACGCAGAUGCCGCUAGGGCAGAGUUGAAGCAGGAGCUGAUUGGUGAGGGUCUUGCGGGGCGGCUGUCGCUGAGUACGGACAUCUGGACCAGUGAGAACAACCUUGCUUUCAUGGUUGUCACCGUGCACAGGAUCACUAGUGACUUCCAGCUGCGACAGCACAUCCUAGACUUUGUGCAGCUGGAGGGGUCACACACUGCGUCGCUGAUAGCGAAGACCCUUGAGGGCAUUCUGGCAGAGUGGGGAUUGACCGAGAUGCUGUUUGCCGUCACGACGGAUAACGCUGAGAACAACAACAAGGCGAUGCGCAUGCUUGCAGGGGAUCCAGCGGAGGGUGCUGCGGCGAGGAUUGAGUUUCCCCUGUUCAACAAAGAUCGGCACGUGCGGUGCAUUGCACAUUUCAUGAACAUUGCAGUGCAGGCGGCAUUGCAGAAAGAUGAGGUGAAAGAGGCGCUAAAGCGUCUGCGAGCGGUCUGUGCAUACGUCGGGUGGUCAGUCCAGCGCUCGGAGAACUUUGCACGGCAGCAGCGCAUCUUGAAGCGGCGGGAUGAUGCACCCGUGCUUCGUCUGAUUGGCGAUUCGCCGACACGAUGGGGGUCCACGUAUGACAUGAUCGUCCGCGCAUUGGAGCUGCAGCAGGCACUAGCCUUGCUCCUCAUGAGGACGGACGUGAGUAUUGGUGGUGGUGAGUGUGGAGUGACACUACGCGAACAGCUGGAUGGCCUUCGGCUGACCGACGUGCACUGGGACGCUCUCGUCGAGCUCAAGGAGUUCCUUGAGCCGUUCAACUCCAUCACGAAGGCAGCCGAGGGUUCCUUGUACCCCACGGCUGCUUCAGUCGUGCCGCUGUACAACCAGCUACUCGACAAGCUGGAAAUCUCGUUUCGCAAAGAGGGUGUCACUCCCCUCCGACAGGCUCUCAUCUCUGCAGCCCUCGCCAAGCUGAAGAAGUACAAGUACGGGGAGAAUGAAGAGCUGGUGAUUGCCACCUUUCUUGACCCCCGCUACAAGACCGUCUUCUUCCAGCUGCCGAAAUGGGAGGCGCGCAAUGCUGCGCACGUGACAGAGGUGGGGGGGUGUGCUAGGAGCGUGCAGGAUGUGGAUGAGGGGACGGUGAUACGGCUGGUGCGUGCGCGCUUGGCCGAGUACCAGGCGCGCGUGAGCAGCCGCCGGCAGGCUGGAGAGGUCACGAGCGAUACUGGGGGGGCCACUGGGCCUAGCAGCGUUACUGGUGGGACAUUGGGCACGACGGGUGCUUCUGGCGGUGGGGGAGGGGGCUUUGAGCAUUCCAUCUUUGACGAGAUGGAUGCUCUGGAGGCAGCUGCUGGAGGGGGGGCACAGGAUGAGGUGGACCGCUAUUUAGCCGAGCCGAGGCAGAGAGGUGGGUGCCCGCUGGCUUUCUGGCGGGCGAGGGAGGAUUUUGAGGCUUUGAGAGAGAUGGCGCGCGACUAUUUGGCUGUGCCCGCCACUUCUGCUGCUAGCGAGCGUGCCUUUAGUCAGGGGAGGAACGUUAUUACGUGGCAGCGCCACCGCCUUACUGCAGGCCGCGUUCGCGCCGUCAUGGCAAUCAAGUCAUGGAUGGAGCAGAACACUAGCGGAAGGAGCCUCAAUGUUGCAGGUGCUGCUCGUGUGCUCGAGGAGCUUUGUUACGAGGGUGAGGGUGAUGGCUUCUGA